AUGGCUGCUACCAAGUUGCUACUGCUCCUAUUCUCAGUGGCCCUGUUGGGCCUGAGCUCAGCUCAAUUCAUAGAAGAGGAGAACCAGGAAGAAGACUCUGUACAGGAUAUAGAGGAUGAAGAAGAUUCAGAAGAUUCAGACAUACCACCACCAUAUGACUUUAACAUGGAAGAACAGGAAGGUGAGGAAGAUCAAGACAGAAAAACCUUCGAUUAUCAAGGUGGUCACAAAAAACGUGGUAGAAAAUAUGGGCCCCCAGGUCCUCCUCAAGAUGAUGUAUCAGGAGGUCGAGGCCCAGGUGGUCGACCAGGUAGGCAGAGACCUGGUGGCCCUCGGGGAGGUCGGCGAGGUGGCCCUCAGGGAGGUCGGCGAGGUGGCCCUCAGGGAGGUCGGCAAGGUGGCCCUCAGGGAGGUCGGCGAGGUGGUCCUCAAGGACGUCGUUCACGUGCCCCACCCCCAAGGUACUUCAUUUUUCUUCUCAGUGAACCAAUGUCCAUGUUUGAAUAUAUAUUGGCCACCAAUUAA